AAGAGUUGCUUGUUUGCAAUAUAAUACCCAUAUAUAUUGACUAAAAUUGUCAGUUAACUGGAAGGUUUGACUUGGAUGUUAGAAGUGUUCUGCUUAACAAGUUGUCAAAAAUAUGUUAGGUUCAACAAAAACUGAGCUGGUAAAGAGGCUGGUUCAGGUAACAUCAGGUUCUACGGGCGUAUCUGGCCUGGUUUUGGCUAUAUUGAGCUAGAGUUUGACUACACAGGACAAUAGAGUGGUUGUUUUUCAUAUCACAAUGGUAUAUUAGAUAAGUAGCACGACUUAAUUUAUAGUUAAUCGAGCAAGUAGUUAUCCUCCUUACAUCAUUAGAUGGAUAUAUAUAUUAAUCAUGACUCUUCUUACUGUCAAUUAUUUAUCUGAUUUAAAGCUAUAGAUUGCAUUAGACUAAAAUAGUAGUUCAUCCUCCUAUCUAUAAAAGCUAUUGGAUAAUUCAAUCUAAUUUGACAUUAAUAUAAGGGUAAAACUUAAUGUGUCUUGACCAACACUGAUUCACCCAUUCCCUUGUCACUUCACAAAUUCCUGUACCAUGCGAAGGCACCAGUGGAAUAACAUAAUAUACACAACUGGAAUAACAUAAUAUAUGUUAAAGAUGUGGUUGGAGUUGGUAUAUCCUCUCAGACCCACUCUUUGUUGGCAAGUCGCUGGGGCCUGAUUUGAGUCAUCUAUAACUUGCUUUGAAAGGAUAUUGUGGGUAUUGCACUAUAUAACCAAACCUCCCCCUUUUGUCUUGUCAUUGAUUUUAUCCUUUUAAGUCUAUCCUAUGGCUAAAUUUCUACUCAUUUUCUUGCUACUAGCUAUUCUGAGCUUAGCUGGAGCUGAUGGUGUGCUGUCCCCAUACUACUACCUGGAGUCAUGCCCCCUCGCAGAGGAAAUUGUGAGGCAUACUGUCGAGGGAGCGCUGUAUCAGGAUCCGCGCAUUGCCGCCGGCCUCCUCCGCCUUCACUUCCACGAUUGCUUUGUUCUGGGGUGCGAUGCAUCGGUCCUUCUUGAUGAUGCAGACGGUAUAGUCAGCGAGAAGAACGCUGUCCCGAAUAAGAACUCGUUGCGAGGGUUUGAGGUGAUUGAUUUUAUAAAGGCUUUGUUGGAGGAGGCGUGCCCAUUAACAGUGUCUUGUGCCGACAUUCUAGCAAUCGCCGCAAGGGAUGCAGUUCAUCUGAGAGGUGGUCCAACUUGGGAUGUGUACUUGGGGAGGAAGGACUCUUUGAAGGCGGCGAGUAUUAGUACUACAAAUCAGAUGAUACCUGCACCAAACUCUUCCCUUGAGAUGCUCAUCUCCAAUUUCAAAGAUCAUGGCCUUGACAUUGUUGACUUGGUUAGCCUCUCAGGUAGCCACACGAUCGGAAGAUCGCGGUGCGUAAGCUUCAAGGACCGAAUAUACGGCCUGCCCUUGAACGAAGAAUACGACGAAAGACGCUCGAUUUUCUUCCACAUCCUCCGAUCAAUAUGCCCGGAGUCGGGAGGGGACGACAAGGUCGUCCCCCUCGACUCGAGGACCUCGCGGCGGUUCGACAACUUGUACUACAUAAACCUGCUUCGCGGAGAGGGGCUGUUGCACAGCGACAACGCGCUCGCGUCCGAGGAGGACGCCGAGGAAAGCGUGCUGAGUCUGGUGUGGGCUUAUGCAGAAGAUCAAGAACUGUUUUUUCAGCAUUAUACUGAGUCAAUUAUUAAGAUGGGGAAUAUUAAUGUUCUUACUGGUAUUGAAGGGGAAGUUCGGCAUAAUUGUCGAUUUGUGAACUCUUAUUACCAUUAAAAAUGAAAUUGAUAGAUUCUUUGAACUAA